AUCUCCCUUGCUGUGAGUGGACAGCCAAUUUUGUAGUCAAACAUGCUCAUCUUGGAGUGUGAUAUGCCCACCUGAAAAAUUUUGUUGGAAAAGAAAUAAGCAAUUUCAACCUUUGGCAAUAACUUUGUCUUCUUGGGGGACCUGGGUCAAGGUCACAGGACAAGACUUAGAACAGUGGAUUCUGUACCGUCUCAAUAUCCAUGUAAUUCUUCCAGUAAGGACACACAUGGAACAGAGUUUAUGGUCCUCAGUCUCUCUCAUUCCUCAACUCUUCCCUCUUCCUCACUUCCACAUUCUGUACCUAAAGUUCUUUGCUGGAUUGUCUUUCUCCUUACUCAACCUUCUGUAAAAACAAAAACCUCAAACAUAAAAUUUCAGGAGCACCAAGCCAAUGACUGGGGGAGGAAAUAUUACAGAAAUCACCUAUUUCAUCCUGCUGGGAUUCUCAGAUUUUCCCGGGAUCAUAACGGUGCUCUUCACUAUAUUCCUGGUGAUCUACAUUAUAUCUCUGGCCUGGAACCUGUCCCUCAUUGUUUUAAUAAGGAUGGAUUCCCACCUCCAUACACCCAUGUAUUUCUUCCUCAGUAACCUGUCCUUCAUAGAUGUAUGCUAUAUCAGCUCCACCGUCCCCAAGAUGCUCUCCAACUUCUUACAGGAACAGCAAACUAUCACUUUUGUUGGUUGUGUUAUUCAGUAUUUUAUCUUUUCAACGAUGGGACUGAGUGAGUCUUGUCUCAUGACAGCCAUGGCUUAUGAUCGUUAUGCUGCCAUUUGUAACCCCCUGCUCUAUUCAUCCAUCAUGUCACCCACCCUCUGUGUUUGGAUGGUACUGGGAGCCUACAUGACUGGCCUCACUGCUUCUUUAUUCCAAAUUGGUGCUUUGCUUCAAUUCCACUUCUGUGGGUCUAAUGUCAUCAGACAUUUCUUCUGUGACAUGCCCCAACUGUUAAUCUUAUCGUGUACUGACACUUUCUUUGUACAGGUCAUGACUGCUAUAUUAACCAUGUUCUUUGGGAUAGCAAGUGCCCUAGUUAUCAUGAUAUCCUAUGGCUAUAUUGGCAUCUCCAUCAUGAAGAUCACUUCAGCUAAAGGCAGGUCCAAGGCAUUCAACACCUGUGCUUCUCAUCUAACAGCUGUUUCCCUCUUCUAUACAUCAGGAAUCUUUGUCUAUUUGAGUUCCAGCUCUGGAGGCUCUUCCAGCUUUGACAGAUUUGCAUCAGUUUUCUACACUGUGGUCAUUCCCAUGUUAAAUCCCUUGAUUUACAGUUUGAGGAACAAAGAAAUUAAAGAUGCCUUAAAGAGGUUGCAAAAGAGAAGGUGCUGCUGAGUUUACAGAUUCUGAGAUUUCUGCCAGAUAUGGCCCAUCAGAAUCCCCUUAACCCACAAAAUAUGAUCAUGAAUGGACUAUAACAAAAUUCAUGCUGCCUACUGCCUUUUUGACAAAGAAGGCUUGAUUUGAUGCAGAAAAUAUGCCAAUAUGGACCAACAGAUGACUCAAUGCCACAGACAUCAGGAUCUUUAGGUCCUGGAGGUUCAUUAUUUUUAUCCUACAUCAGGUGUGGCCUCAUCAUUUAUUAAUUUGUCCAAAAGUAUUUGUGAAACAACAAGAUUUAGAAAUCUUUUGUUUCCUGUGGCUUCUCAGGUCAAAGAUGGCUCAAUGUUAAGAAUUUGCCACUAGAGAAAUGAGGCCUGGCACAGUCGCCCAGGAGUUUAGAAACGUCAUCUCCCAUAUAUGCUGAUACAGCAUAAUAAAGACAUGGUGGUAACCAUUGAUUAUUCUGUGUUUCUGGACAGGAGAGAAUAAACAGACAGAGGGGUUCUGCCAUUGGAAAGGGAAAAAAGCAAUGUAUUGGCCUGGUUGUGUCUUUAAGAAAGAGCAACAUGAGAUACCUGCAGUUUGCCUAAGACCUCUCUCAGCACUAAUCAUCUGAUACAUAUUUGGCAAUUUCCUUGCCUACACUAGCUGUAGCAUUAGAAAGAAGGAGGUGAUUUUAAUCAUGAAGUGGGGUAGAAACAAGGAUAUGGUCCCUGCAAUGACAUUUACUUAUGAGUCUGAUGAUUUGAUUUCUUGUAUCUAGAGCCUACUGGGAAAUUAUAAUGGAGAUGAUAUUCAAAGUUCACAGCCAAUAGCAACAUCUGAUACUGUUGAACUCAAACUUUCUUUUUCUCCCCCACUAAAUUUAGAAAAUUUACUCUUGUUUGACUGGGUAACUAUUGAAUCCAGGAAAGGAUGAAAGAAACAUGGGUCAAAGGUAUCUCAGUCAAGUGCAACCUAGACAAGCUAACCUGCAGUCAUGUUCAGAAAAGUCAUGCAUUUAAGCCUACUCUACAUCAGCCAGUCCCAGCUGAUCUCCAGGUGAUCUGAGGAUACAUGAGUGGCAAUAAAUAAAUAUUGCAGUCAGCACUGGAUUUUGCGGUUUGUUAUACAGCAGUAGUUAACCAAUAUACUUCAUAAUUUAAAAUUAAAAAUUUUCCCCUUUACCGAACUGCCUGGCUUCAAAUUCAGGCUCUGCCACCUCCAAGCUGUGUGAUGCUGGGCAAGCCACACAAUCUUUUGUGCCUCAGUUUUCUCAUUUGUAAAAUUGAGAUAUUAUAUAUCUAUUUUGGAGUUGUUUAGGAUGAUUGAGCUGAUACUUAUUCAAAACUCAAAGUAGGGACCCCAGCAUAUAAUAAACUCUAUACAUGAGUCAUGUAUUAUUAUUUAUUGAGUGCUUUCUAUGUUCAAAGAAUUUAAAUGGUUUCAGUUGAGCUAAGUUUUAUUGUUAUACCAACUUCAUAGAUGAAUAAACUUAGGCCAGAGGAAUUCAGAAACACAGCUAGUAAGUGAAGGGGUGGGAAUCCAAACUAACAUUGCAGAUAUCAAAGCCUCCUCCCUUCUUCAAUACCCCUUAAUGUAUAAGGUGCCAAAUUGCUUAUUAAUAUACAAGGUAAAUAUUAAUAAAAUAAAGCAAUAUUUAUGAGAUGCAGCCAAUGCUAAAAUCAGAAGAAACAAUCUUUCGAAAAGAAAUACAAUAAAGUAACAAAGCUGUGAAUUGGAAAAAAAUUGAAAAAGGAAUGCCAAUUCAAACCUUAAGAAAACUAGGGGAUGAGUGGAGGAGUGGGCAAGAUGGUUGACCAGAAGCAGCUAGUGUGUGUGGCUGUCAUGGAAAGGAAAAGAAGGGGUGAGCAUUAGGUCUUUGCAACCCUCACGUCAGGAGAUCUCCUUGUGAACCCACUCCACCAGGGCUUUCAGUCUUCAGUCUAACACACAGAGCUACCUGGAGUCUUGGCAGAGCAGCCACUCAGGCCCGCAUGGAGACCUCGACCUCAAAGGCUUAGAUACUUGGGUUUUCUGGUAAAAGUAGCUGCAGCUCCAGCAAAGUUGGAGGUUAGACUCCUGUAUAUACUCCUAGGAAAGAGGCUGAAUCCAGGGGGAUUAACAGCAACAACCCACAGGCCCCACUUCCAUGGCACCUCACAAGAUAAGAUCCACUGGCUUGGAAUUCCAGCCAGCUACCAGUGGCGGCAUUGCACCUCCCUAAGAAGGAGCUCAAUGGGAAGAGCUGGGCUGUCAUCUUUGCUGUUCAGAUGACUUAGCUGUUCCAGCCUUUGGGCUUUGAAGAAUCUGAGCUGAUCAAGGGUGGAAGAGAACCCCCAGCCUAGCAUAGCACAGCUGCUCUACCCAAACAUAGCCAGACUGUGCUUUAGGUGGGUGUCCAAUCCCAUUACUCCUCACUGGGCAGGACGUCCCAACUGGGGCCUGCAGCCACCCCCACCAAGCUCUCCAGCUGACAAAGAUUUGAAUUAUCCCUGAGAUGGCACUCCCAUAGGGAGAAGUGGGUUACCAUCUUUGCUGUUUUGGUGACUUAGCAACUCCAGCCUUUGGGCUUUGAAGUGUCUGAGACUACUGAGGACUGAAGUAGACCCCCAACACAGCACAGCUAUUCUACCAAAACGUGGCCAGACUGCUUUUUUAAGUGCUUCCUGACCCUGUUCCUCCUCACUGGGUGGAACCUCUCAACUAGGCUCUCCAGCCACUUCCUACAGCUGCUUUGGGCCAGCAAAAGCUGUAUACCUCCUGGGACAAAGCUCUCAGAGGAAGGGACAGGCCACUAUCUUUGCUGUUUCACAGCCUUCACUGGUGACACCUCCAGGUUCUGGGAAAUCUGAGGUGACUAGGUACUGGAGCAGGCCCCAAGCAUAUAACAGCAGCCCUAUGGAAAAGUGGCCAGAGUGUUACGAGGGUUUCCAUUCCCAUAUCUUCUCACCAGGAAAAUCCUCAGGCCUGGGCUUCCAGCCACCACCAGCCAGAACUAUCAAGCCAGUACCAAAUCAGCAACUCCCUAGACAGAGCUUCCGAGGUCAGCUGAAAGUUUCUAUCCACUGCCUCUGCAGUGGAACUGCCUUUGACACCCUCCGACUAAUGAAGGAGCAAAGACACUAAGUGCUUUAUCCACACCUCUAACAAUCUGCAGUCAACCCAAGGAGAAGAGGCUUGUCUGUCUCUCACUGGUCCCACACACUCCCCACCACUCAUCACCAGACAGAGAACCCCUGGCUUGGGCCCACAACACAUACCCUCUAUCUUGGGCUGGCUGCACUGAGUGAUUGCUGACCUGCAUCUCUCUGGGGUGGAGCCCCUAGGAGUCAAACAAAUGACCCUUAGCCACAACCAUUACGAAGAUCUCUUUCACUGCUGUCUCUAAGCUGGGGAAGGAACACAAACACAAAGAUCUCCCCAGAGCUGCAGUGGGCAGCCCAGGAGUGCUGAAUCAGAAACUACAGCCAGCACUCAGGGGGAGAGGAACCCACACUUUCAGAGCACUGAGAGGGAACACUGCUGCAAUUGUGAGGAAACACAGGGGAGCCACACAACAGAGCAAGAGUCUUCCAGAUGGCCCGUAAGCCUACGUAUCACCUGCUGAAUCACACCUCAAAGCUUCAACACCAAAUAUAUCUCACUAGCAUAUCCCCCUCUGAAACCAGAGAUAAGAAGUGAGCUUCAAAUAAAGACCCCACACAAAGCCUUGGCCCAGUGAAAACAUCCAGAAAAUAAGUCGAUUGACUGUACUCAAACUACUCUGCAGUUAAAGAAACACCCACAUGCAGAGAUGAGAAAAAAAAUGUAAGAACUCUGGUAACUCAAAUGGCCAAAAUAUCAUAUGUUCUCCAAAUGAUCACACCAGUUCUCCAACAAAGGUUCUUAACCAGGCCAAACUGGCUAGAAUGACAGAAAUAGAAUUCAGAAUAUGGAUAGAAAAAAGAUCAUUGAAACUCAGGAGGAUGGCAAAAUCCAAUCCAAGAAAAAUAUGAAUCACAAUAAAGUGACACAAAAGCUGAAAGAAAAAUAGCCAAUAUAAAAAAGCACUUAGUGGGUCUAACAGAGCUGAAUAACACAAUACAAGGAUUCCACAAUACAAUCAAAAGUAUUAAGAGCAGAAUAAACCAAGCUGAGGAAACAAUCUCGGAACUUGAUGCUGGUUCUCUGAAAUAAGACAGUCAGACACAAAUAAAGAAAAAAAAAAAGAAAUGAACAAAGCCUCCAAGAAGUAUGGGUUAUGUAAAGAGGCCAAAUCUACAAGUAACUGGCAUCCUUGAAAGGGAGAGGUAGAAAGAAAACAACUUGGAAAAUAUAUUUCAGAAUAUUGUCCAUGAAAAUAUCCCCAACCUUGUUAGAGAGGACAACAGUCAAAUUCAGUAAACACAGAGAAGUCCUGCAAGAUUCUACACAAGAAGAUAAUCGCCAAGACACAUAAUCAUUAUAUUUUCCAAGGUCAAAAUAAAAUAAUGUUAAAACAGCUAUAAGGAAACGGUGAGUCAUCUACAAAGGGAUCCCCAUCAGGCUAACAGCAGACCUCCCCACUGGUACCCUAGAAGCCAGAAGAGUUUGGGGUUUUAUUUUCCACAUUCUUAAAGAAAAUAAUCUUCAACCAAGAAUUUCAUAUCCAGCCAAACUAAGCUCCUAAGUGAAGGAAUAAUACAAUCCUUCUCAGAUAAGCAAAUGUUAAGGGACUUCAUUACCACCAGACCUGCCUUACAAGAGAUCUUGAAAGGAGCAGUAAAUAUAGAAAGGAAAAACUGCUACCAGCUAAUACAAAAACACAGUUAAACACAGAGAUCAGUGUCACUAUCAAGCAACCACACAAUCAAGUAAACAUAAUAACCAGCUGACAGCACAAUGACAGAAUCAAAUGCACACAUAUCAAUAAUAACCUUGAAUGUAAAUGGGCUAAAUGCCCCACUAAAAAGGCACAGAGUGGCAAGCAGGAUAAAAAAAGCAAGACCCAAUGGUAUACUGUUUUCAAGAGACCAUCUCACAUGUAAGACACACAUAGGCUCAAAAUAAAGGGAAGGAGAAACUUCCAUGGCUGAUUUGUUACUGUUGCUGCCAAAUGUCACAGACUGAAGGAAUCAAAAUUGUAAAAAUUUCUAUUCUAACCAAUUAAUGUAUGAAUUAUGUGAAAUAAAAAUCACAAUCACAACAUACUUGCUUGUGGAAACGAAAAGUUGAUUAUGAAAUUAAUACGGAAAAGAGCAAAGUAUAUCCAAGAUAUUCUUGCCUUUAUAAAUAUCAAUGUAUUCAGAAGCUAUAUAAGUGACAUAAGCAAGAUGGGGAGUCGGGGAUCUCAGCCCUCAUCACCCACAGAAAACAACUGGACAGCUAUCUGUGCAUGAAAAUUUCUGUAGCAAGGCUCUGGAGUCCAGUUAAGAAGCUGCAGCAACACAGUGAAGACAAGAGAAUGAACAUGUUAGUCAGAGUUCUCCAGAGAGACAAAACCAAUAGGAUAUCUCAGAGGAGUUCCUGAACUCCUUAAAAUUGUUGGAAAAAUAUUCUGUAUAUAUACAUCUUUUUUGAUGAAAGCUUUACAUCAUUUGGAUUCACAGGAAGGACCAUGAGAUAACCACUGUGAUAGCUCUAGGCUGUUAUCUUGUAGGCUUUUUCUUUUCACAUGUGUUAUCUCCACACAGUUUGGUUCUUUUGUUUUAGUAUUGGUGUGUAUGUGGAGUAUUCCUUUUUCUUUUAAACAAAGGUAAGACUAGACUUUCUCUGAAUAUGCUAUUUUGCAACUUGGCUUUUUUUUCCACUAAAGAUAGCCUUCCAGUUCAGCACAUAAAGAUAAACAUUUUUAAUGUUUGCAUAGUGUCCCUGCUUAAUAUUACAUAGAGUAGCUGGGUCAUAAUUAUUUAAUCAGUACUCAAAAACAUAGUAUGAGUGCAAAAAUGUUCACUGAUUUGGAGAGAAAGAUUGUGUUAUGGCAAGUUAGAAGAAACAGGAUAUGUGAAGGUGAAGAAUUCAGAGGAACCUCUAUAGAUCACCACCUUAGGGAAAAAAAGACAAAAUAAGGAUUGGAAAACUGCAGAAUGUUUAAAUUUGUUGCCACCAAAGCUAAAAGCACAAUUUGUGCAGAAGGAGUUACCAAUGCAGCUAAGGCUAUCCUGCAUCUAUGCUCCAGCUUCCAGGACUCCUCUCUAUGCCAGAGACAUUAUAAUAACAGAGAAAACAACAACAACAACUACAACCUACAAAUAAAGGAUGUAAAAUAAAUUAUAAUACAAGGCAAGGCUGCAUGUAGUCUAGCUAAGCCCAUCUUGAGGGAAAGUCCAGGGACAAAUUUGGAAAAAGUUAUAGGAUAGGCAACAGAUAAAGGUAUGAAGU